UCUCCUCUUAUGUUUUUCUCUAUCCUUUUAGAGGGUUUCUUUUGAGGACUUAACUUAAUAUUAGAACCCAAAAAAGAAAAGAACAAUCUAAAGAAAAAACAAGAGAGAGAAAAAUAAAAAGAGCCCCUUUCUCAACAAAAACCCUCUUCUUUUAUGAACAAUAUUGUUUCUUGGGAUUUGAUUAGAGAAGAUCUGAUAAUACAAAAGGAACCCUUUAUCAUAUACAUACAUAGAUAGAUACAAAGACAGGUAGAUUGAUAGAUGUGUAUAUACAUAUAUGUUUAGAGAGAGAAUCACUUUCAAAGCUUAUUUCUUUCUUUUUUUCUUAAAAUCUUUUUUCUCUGUUUUCAGAGCUUCACAAUCUCCGUAUUACAUUGUCUUCUCUACUUUAAAAAUCAUCUCAACCCUUAAAUUUUUCUUUUUUCUUGAAUUCCUCUGUUUUAAACACCCACUAAAGCAUUAUCUUUUGCUUUCUAAGAACCUGUAGAAAAUUUGAAAUCAUAAAUUUUUAAUCGAUGUUUUAUUGAUAUUUGAAAAAAUGAAACUAGGGUUUUUAAUUUUCAGUGUGUGCUCGCUUGAUAAGAACUUGAUUGCUUUUUUCUUUUUGCUUUUCGCUUUUUUGUAGGGUUUGAUCAGAUCCUCCACCAGAAUCAACCCUAAUUAUUUUUUUUGGAGUAUUAGGGUUAUGAUCAGAGAAUUGAUGUUGUAUAUAUUACAAUUUGAAGAUUGGAUUUGAUAGCUAGUCUUCAAUUAAGGGAUUAGUAGCUGUGCUUCUGAUUCUGUACAUUUUAUCAACGAAGAGGGACUUUUUUAGAACCUGUGUUUGGCCACAAACCCAAGAGUCACUUUGAAGUAUAACACGUGGUGAUUAUGGUGUGUUGCAUUUAUGGGCUUGAGUUAUUGAUUCAUACAGUUAAGAGAAAACUCCUGAAUUCAUUUUUGCUUAUGAGCAGGUUCUGAUUUCUCUAUUGGCCUAGCGGUGAACACACAGUAUCAGAUUUCUUUGGAAGCUCAGCAUUUCAGAGAAGUAUUUCAGAUUGAGAUAGAUUGGUUUCUACUUAUUUGGUUAUUGUUUUUCACUGUAGAAUUGAGCAUUUGAGCUUAUCUGAGAAAUCUUAUUUCCAAGUCAAGUUCUAGUCGAAAACUGGGCAACUCUAUAAGGGCGUUUAUCAAUAAGAGAAUAAUCUGAGUUUGUUACCUGGGAGGUGAUUUUGGGGGGCUAUGGUGGGAUUUUAAGCAGGAAAUGACUGCAAGGACAUGGUGCAUGGACAAGAGCAUAUUGUCUGGUUUGUUCCUGUGUUGGAACAACUGUACAGGGAUCUAAGAGAGGCAUUUUGCUCUGUGCAAGGUUACCACUUUUCCAUUCCCAGGAUCACUUGAAAUGUCUCGCUGCUUUCCAUUUCCCCGUCCAGGAUAUGAAAAGAAGCCCAGAACUGAUGAUACGGACUUGCUAAAAAAGGAGAAGAACAAGGAGAAAAAGCGCAAAAAGGAUAAGAAGGAGAAAGAAAAGAGAGAGGGUAAAGAGAAAAGGGAUAAAGAUAGAGGUAAAGAAAAAAAUAGGGAGAAGAAAGACCAAAAGGAGAAUCACAAAGACAAGGGCAGGGAUAAGGAUAAAGAGAAAAAGCGGACUUCAGAUGAGAAGAAAGUUGAAGGGCAACCAGGAUCCUAUAAUGGAGAAAACUUUGGAUCAAACAGCCUGCAGAAUGGUGUGGUCAAAGAUUCUAUAUAUGUGGAGGAAUUGGCUAGAAGAAUUAGGAUUGAAGAUGGAGCAUCAGGAAGUAAAAUGGUUGAGAAGUUUGUUGCUACAGAUCAAAGAAGAGGUGAGGUACGGGGAAUGGUGGUGGAGAGAAGCGUCGUUAGUCAAUCCCAGGAAAAAGAGAAAGUUAAGCAUAACAAUGAAGAUCAUGGGAAAGUCAAUGGGCAAAGACACCAUAUUGACACGAGAGGUUUGGAAAAAGCAUUUAUUCAUGAUUUCUUUGGUACGGACCAAGAAAGAGUCAAAGGACUUGUUAAAUUGGUGGAGAAGAAAGAGACUGAGAAGCAGAUGGAGGGAAAGGAGAAGAAUAAACACAAGGAAAGUGGUAGUAAGGGUGACAAACACAAAAUUGGAGACCGAGAAAAUAAUAGAAAAUCAAAGGAUAAGGAUCGGGAUAAAGUAGAGAAAAAGGAGAAGACAAAGGAGAUAACUGAAUCAAGUAAAGAGCAGCCAAAAUUAAAAGAAAAUGUUUCUAAACUAAAAGAGGGUAGCAAGGACUCACUUGAUUUCCGAAAUACCAAAUCAGAAAUAUUAAACUUAAGCAAUGUAGGUUCUGCUGUUGAGGGAAACCUGGGAAAGCGUAAGGAGCCUGAGAGGAAUGGAUAUUUACUUGACAAUGGGAAUUGGCCUAAUAAGUUUCCAAGACCUGUGUCUUCUUCUCACCCAGCCACCGAAAAUGGAAAGAAAUUAGAACCAUGCCGAACUGCUACUCAAUUUAUAUCUGAGAAGCAAUGGGUGGUUCAUGAUCAUAAACUGGAUAUGACGGAUAAGAAGAUUAAUGGCUUGAUAACAGCGGAACAGAAGAUUAAUGGCUUGGUAGCAGCACAACCCCGUACAUCCUCGAUAAAGUCUCUGUCUGUUUGUGUACCUGCUAUUGAGAAUGGUGAAACAUUGUCAAAACCACCACAUCCUGAUACCAAGUAUCUUAAUCAGAUAAUUUCCAUACCAGAAAUGGAGGAACGGCUUGAUGUGGAUGAUCAGGAAUGGCUGCUUAGCUGUAAUCAUCUUCUGUCAAAGAAGCAGAGAGAGGGUUCUGCAGGGAUUGUUGAAACUCGGCAAGGAACUCCUACAAAGGUAUCCCGGCGUCUGGGUCUUGAGAUUGUCAGCCUGUUAUGCCUCUUCCGCCAUUGUAUGCUUGCAUCGGUUCGUUAAAUUACAGAAAGAAGUAGCUCUGAUCUCUAAUGCAGAAACCUGAGGGGCUUUGUUGACUUAUUUGCAUUUAGUUAUAACAGCCAAAGCCUCCUUAGGGUGCGUUAAUGGGAAGAAACAUAAAUCAGGUGGGAAUGGUGAGAGAAAGGGCACAUUAAACUGAAAAUGUUGAGAUGGUUAGUCAUAGGUUUCAGAAUUUUAAACGUAUAGGCAGAUAAGAGGAAUAUAGUGUUACUGUGGGCUGUGUUAUGCAACACAAAUUUUGAUUUAAAUUGUGAUAGAUGAUAGGUGAUCAUGGCAUACUUAAUUUGUAAAUCAGAUAUCAACAUAAUUUAUAAGUUAAUUCCCAUUCAUUUUAA